GCGCGACCAACUAGACCGUUGCGGAAGUGACGGCAAGGCGGCGAUGGCGGCUCGCAGAUUCAUUCCGGAUUUCAACUGGACUACAAACUGAUUCUAGCCAGACUGGUCGGACUUUACGGAACUUUUGCACAGUCGUCCCUCCUCUGGUGCCGGCCAGGUCGAAGUCACAUUGAGCCGGUGCCUGUCAACGAACGUCCGCACAGUUUUUUGGGGGUAUUUUUGUCCAGGGUUCAAGGUGGUCACCCUGUCGAGCUAGCUGUAGCCUUGUAGCUAUCAAGCUAGCGGCGGUUAGUGUACAGCUUUGAGAGGCUACUCUGUCAAGAAGCUACGUGCUAAAGGUCCAUGCAGCGGCUUUUACUUUCUCCCCCUCCAAGUUGGCCUGUUUACGUUACAAUGCGAGUGCCAUUCGGUCCGUGCUAAACGAGCCACAACCGUGCAGAGCGAGGAACUCAGUCACACACGUUUGCUUCGGCCUCUUCCUGAUUGAUAUAUAUAUAUAUAUAUAUAUAUAUUGAAGUAGCUGGUUUGGCGGCUGUCGCUAAAGAGAAACGCAGCUAGUUAGUCCCUUCUGUGCACAGAUAACACGUUUUCUUUUUAAUCAACUGGAAAUUGACCCGCCGUGGGGUCUUUGCGUGCUCAUCAACAUGCUGAAGACCCGGCAGUGUCUUCUCGGCAUCCGCACUUUCCUCAGUGUUACGUCCAGAAUAUGGGGCUUCUUCAUGUACAUCCUCAGGAAGCACCUACGAACGAUAAUCCAGUAUCAGACGGUGCGAUACGACACUUUGCCCCUGUCCCCCAUCUCCAGAAACAGACUAAAUGCAGUAAAAAGGAAGAUUCUGGUUCUGGACUUGGACGAGACGCUGAUCCAUUCUCACCACGAUGGGGUUCUGAGGCCUACAGUGAGGCCCGGCACGCCUCCAGACUUUAUCCUCAAAGUUGUCAUCGACAAACAUCCAGUCAGAUUCUUUGUACAUAAAAGGCCGCACGUGGACUUCUUUUUAGAAGUGGUGAGCCAGUGGUACGAGCUGGUGGUUUUCACAGCCAGUAUGGAGAUCUACGGUUCAGCCGUGGCCGACAAGCUGGACAACAACAGGAACAUCCUAAAACGCAGAUACUACAGACAGCACUGUACGCUGGACUUAGGUAGUUAUAUUAAAGAUCUGUCUGUAGUACACGAUGACCUGUCUAGUAUUGUAAUCCUGGACAACUCGCCUGGUGCUUAUCGAAGCCAUCCAGACAAUGCAAUUCCCAUCAAGUCCUGGUUUAGUGACCCUAGUGACACAGCGCUUCUUAAUUUGCUGCCUAUGCUGGAUGCACUAAGGUUCACCGCUGACGUCCGCUCCGUCCUCAGUCGAAACCUCCAUCAGCACCGGCUUUGGUGAUUGGCUGAACCGAGGGGAACCGGUCGUGUUGACCAGCGUCUUCCUCUCUGCUGGCCUCCAACCUGCCCUCCAUCCCCGCCCAGGCCUCCCGCCCGUCCUCUCUGAGCCUCUCAGAAGGGACAUUCACUCGGAACGAACAAUAACGGGAUCACAGAAAUAAAAAACAAACAAACUACUGGGUUGGGAGGGGGAAGCCAGCUUUUUUUUUUUUCCUUUCUUGAAUCUUUAUUUGUAUUAUUUUUCUUUUUCAAAAACAAAUGGAGUCUCUGCCUUAUCGCUCCUGAUACUGACUGCGUAUGGAGGUGAGUGAGCCUGUUUGUGUGAGUAUGCCUGCUGGGUCCGUUCAGCAUUUUUGGACAUUUUGGAGGACUGACGGGGCAGACGGAGGAUCAUCAGAGAGACACUAGACAAUUCUACACCCGGAAUUCUUCCUCCUCUCCACCGUCGAUGCAGCUCAGCAGAACUUCUUGGAGGAAAUGGAAAAACUGCUCCUUCAUUCAAUCAAAUUUUUACUUCACUGAUUGGUACUUGUUUUUUCUUCCCAUCAAGUAUGGAUUGAUUUAAAUAAUUUAACUGAUCUUUACUUUCAAGAAACAUAUUUUUAAGGACACAUUUUUUCCCCCCAGAUGAAGACUUUAAAGUUGUAAGAGCCAGAAAAGAAAAAGAAAAAGGAGUGGCUCGUAACGGUUUGGGGACUGCCAUGCCGCCUUUCCAUAUCUGAUUGUUUCUAUUUCCAUGAUAUAUAAUAGAAUGAAUUCUGCACAUAAUGCUCUCCACCUUGGUCAUUUGAAGCCAUCCUGGUUUGUUAUAAUAGGAAUUGCACUUAAUUCUCCUCAUUUUAUUUUUUUGUUGCAGUUUGCAAUUUGAUUUAAAUUCACAAUCUUUACAGUUUUUUUAACCCCAUCCCCUCUUAACUAUAUGGGUUUAAUCCUGUAUCUUUAAAUGCCUUCUGAACAAUGUUGGUCUCAUCAAAGCUCACAGCAGAUUCUUAUCAGCUCUGUCUCCAUGUCUGUGUUACUAAUAAAACACUUGUCAGUAUCGAC